AGUAACGCGCCGCCGGGGAGGGGCCGCUGGGCGGACACCUCCUUCCUAGCACCCGGAGGAAGCCCAAGGCCGCCGCCACCCCCGCUCCGCUGCGGCCCCGAGGAGCGUCUGCGCGAGCAAGCGUUCGUCCUGGAAACCAGCUGGUUUGUUUUUUUUUUUCCUGCCCAAAGCGGAAAACCCGGGGGAGGACUCGAGGGACCAGGUGGCGGACUGGGGGAGCGCGCAGCCGGCCCACUGCUUCCUCUGCCUGCGGCAGAGUCCAGCGGACCCUCCCCAGGGUCGCCGAGCACGUCCCGGGACACCGAAGGAGCGGACGCAGGGUCGGGAGGGAGGCCGCCCUUCGGUUCCGCCUCCCCAUCGCUCGACGGUCGGCCGGGCCAUGUCCAGAGGCCCGGGCUCGGCGGUCCUCCCCGCCACCGUCGGGUUCCGGAAGCCCGCCCCGCGGAGCCUCAGCUGCCUCUCGGACCUGGACGGCGGCGCGGCCCGGGAGCCGCGGCCCUGCCGGCCCCCGGGGAGCCCGGGCAGCGCGCCGCCGCCGCCGCCCGCGCCGUCUGGCUGCGACCCCCGCCUGCGGCCCAUCAUCCUGCGGCGGGCGCGCUCGCUGCCCAGCUCGCCCGAACGCCGCCAAAAGGGCGCCGGCGCUCCGGGCGCUGCGUGCCGACCCGGCUGCAGCCGGCAGCACCGCGUGCGCUUCGCCGACGCGCUGGGCUUGGAGCUGGCACAGGUUAAGGUGUUCAAUGCGGGCGAAGACCCGUCCGUGCCGCUGCACGUGCUUUCGCGGCUCGCCAUCAAUUCGGACCUGUGCUGCAGCAGCCAGGACCUGGAGUUCACUCUGCAGUGCCUGGUGCCCGACUUCCCGCCGCCCGUCGAGGCUCCGGACUUCGGCGAGCGCCUGGGGCGCCAGCUUGUGUGCCUGGAGCGCGUCACCUGCUCGGACCUGGGCAUCAGCGGCACGGUGCGCGUGCGUAACGUGGCCUUCGAGAAGCAGGUGGCGGUGCGCUACACCUUCUCGGACUGGCGCAGCGCGCACGAAGUGGCGGCGCGGUGGCGCGGGCCGGCGGGCUCCGGGGGCUCCGAGGAUGUCUUCGCCUUCGGCUUCCCGGUGCCGCCCUUCCUGCUGGAGCUCGGCUCCCGCGUCCACUUCGCGCUGCGCUACCGUGUGGCCGGAGCCGAGCACUGGGACAACAACGACGGCCGCGACUACAGCCUCACGUGCCGCAACCACGCACUGCACAUGCCGCGCGGGGAGUGCGAGGAGAGCUGGAUCCACUUUAUCUGAGCUGCUUGGCAGGGCUCGCGUGUCUGGGAGGUGGCCCUGCCUCACACUGCACCCCCAAGCCGGGGCCGUCGGACCUCGCUUCCCGCAGCUGCAACGUGUGCUCGCUGUGGCCCGCCUAUGCUGUCUUUUACUUGAAACGUCUGGGUCACUUGGUCUAAACCGUGGCCUCCGAUGCCAGAAGGCCCGGCUAUGUCAUGUGCUGGGUGGGGCGCUGGGUGAGUAGAUGCACGAGUGAGUUGGCCCUAUGAAGAAGGCCCAGGCAGGUGGUUUUGAAAAGGCCUGCACCCUGCGCUGGGAAAGCCUGUGGCUUUUGCAUGUGUCCUGAUCGCGUCUCUGUGAAUAUAGCUCUUUUUUAUCAUCACUGCGAUGUUGAGACCUUUUACCCUUAGCCCAUGCCUUCUUGGGAGCAUUCUGAAUUCAGUAAGCUAAAAAAAAGUCAUUCUCGUGUGUUUGUGUGCACUGUAAACAGAAUGUAUAUGCUGUGACCCCCAUCAUGGUCCCUUGAGGCAUUCCUGCCCUGGGACAAGGAAAACCUGAAGUCACAUUUGCAUGCCAAUGUCUGUAGGCUUCUAACAGCCGGGAAACUAUUAAUAGGCAAGAAAUUGAUGCCUCUUCAGUCAUCAUACAAUCAUUCCUGGGAGUUCAGGCUGCUCCAUUAGGCUGUGUGUCUCCUCCAUCAGCAACUGCCAAGAAGGAAAACACUUAGAACUUUUAGUUAGCGAAACAGCCCCUUCUGCGUGUUUCUUUGCACUUUAUGUAUUUUGUUGUACAUGUUUGAUAAUUGUGUAUCUGCACUUUAUUAGUCAUUCUGUUUAAGUUUGAGCUACCUAAGUAUUUAAAGAAAUUCUGCCUUACAUUAUUUCAGUUUUCAGGCAACUCUGUGGAAUUUGGGCAACAAUGCCCUUUGCAGUUACCUUUUUGACGAUUAUGGUGACUCUUUUGAUGUCGUCUUAAGUGUCUAGGGUUCCAGCAGUCAUCCUUCGGAAGUCACAUUACCAAGUGGAACUAGCAGGUAUUUUCAGCAACAACCAGACUGGAGGAAAAACAAUACACAAAUAUUUAUACAUUUUAGUUGUUUUAAGCUGUGUUUGUAUAUGCCUGGUUUUAUCAACUACCUGCCAACUUUAUUCUUUGUGCCUUCAGAUAGAUAACUUUGUAACCUUGUCUGGACUUGUUUCCCAAUUUUAAAAAGUUAAAUGGUUUGUUUUGUUUUUUUUAACUCUCCAACCAAGAAGUCAAGGCCAUUGUCUCCUGCAGAGUACCACAACAACUUAAAAUUCUCAGCGAGGGGCUGACUAUUUCUCUUGGUGCUGAGUGGUGGUCUGAUAGCAGGUGCUAGCACAGAGGUGUGAAAACCCAGCUAAGGUGGACGUGGUCUCCAGCUUGGGAAGCUGGUUUUCAAGAGCUGAAGCCAGUGUGAUAAAUCUUGUGAUAGCUGUCACCAGUGAAUUAACUCUAAAUAUUUGAAUGCUUGUUACUGUUUGUCAAAUAAGUAUGCAAAGGAUGAAUUUUGCCUUUUAACCAAUUUCUUUUUUUUAUAAUGGCAACUUCAGUGUUUUAAAAAUUCCAGCAACAAGGAUGGCUUUCUUUGGUACCUUCUGGUCUAAGAAUAUGGAAUUCUGAUUUAAAACAUUGUGACUGAAUUGAACAAUCGCUGGCUGUUAGCACUGUGAACUCCAUUGACAUGCAAGAGGUAGAGAAGCCUGGUCGCAUUUCCUGCUGCUUGACAAACUGUCCAGUUAGGUCUGUAAGCCCGUGAGGGCCUCAGCCACUAUGCCCUGGAUCCAGUGUGCAAAGCAAUUAUCCACAGCAUUGACGUAUGAGCAAGAGCUGGCAAAUAUAUUGCUAUGUAAAGGCAUGUGGGGAAUCUUAUAAUCUGUGUAAAGGUCAUUUGCCAAAAAAGGUCUGGUCAAGGAAUAUGUAGUAAAUGUUAUAUCUUCAAUAUUAAGAAAACCUCCAUGUGCCUUUGAAGAAAGAUCAACAUUUAAAAACUUGUACAUGUUUGAUAAUUGUGUAUCUGCACUUUAUUAGUCAUUCUGUUUAGGUUUAAAGCUUAAAUAUACCUGCCUAGUUAAUAAAGUAGCUUUGGGACAGCUUAAGGAGAUUUGCAGGCCUGAAAACACAGUGACAUAGCCCAGAAAUUCAAGUUUUGUUGUGACCUGUGCAGUUGUUGGGUUGUCUCUUCAAACAUAUUUUAAUACCUGCCAUUUAAAAUGACUUCACCUAAGCCUCACUAUUAAACUAUAUGUGCACAA